CGGAACCUUUGCAGGCCCACAAUGUAAACUGAUCAGUAAGCAAACAAUAUAUGGAUUUUCUUCACAGUCUGUGAGUUCACUCUAGGCUUAUUUUCGUCAGUCCCUGCCCUGUUUCCUGUACCUGGGCCCAGAGGUUCGAUAUUUUACCUGAGAGGGAGGGUAUUUGGGGAGGAUCACCAUGAGGACAAGUACCUGCGGGACGGUGAUGCUGGUGUGUGCCACCAUUCUGGGGCCCAUCACUAUCGUUUUUCUGGCUGUUUCGUUUGCCACCGAUCACUGGUUGGAAUUUAAGGUGGACCGGAGUAAAUUCACCGUCGGAAACGAAUUUGACAGAGUUGCUCACACAAGAUACAGGGGCAUAUUCCGGGAAUGUUACCCAGGAAACGAUACCGAAUUUUUAUCGAGAUCAAAGGACGUUGUGGAUAACUAUUGUUUUAACAUCGAUUACGAUGUGCCAGAAUCACAUACGUCCAACCCAAGUACCGAAUUCCUCGCCAGAAUCCACCUUUCUCGUUGUUUUUUGGCUUUCUACGUGGUGGCGCUAGUUGUCUUCCUGUUGGCCUUUAUAUUUGGUUUGGUAGUCUGCUGCUGGAGAAGAUCAAAAUGGGCCUACAUCGCCGGCCUGUGUGCUUAUAUAGCAGCAUUUGCUACGGCAGCAGCCAUAGCAUUUUUUCACGGAGCUGAAUACCUGGAGAGGAAUAAAAUUGAAGACAAAGAUAUCUUCUACUCACAGUGGCCUGCGCCAUUACAAUCUGCUACAACUCGAUCCUACGGCUGGUCCUACAUCCUGGGAUGGGUUGGUAUGAUCCUUGCUGCACUCUCGGCAACGUUUUACUCAGUUGCUGGUUGCUACAUUGGUGGAGAGCGUUAUGAUGACAAAGAAUAUUUGGAAAAAAGGCGGGAAUUUCAGGAGAGCCAAAUGGGACCAGAUUAUUAUUACGGAAGACCUUACCCACAACCUGCGAUGAUUGGUCCAUACGUUUAUGACAUGGAAACUAGACGCCCCCUACCGGCCAUUGGAUACGGUGACCCCUAUGUGUCAUGGAGCUAAAAUGUAAAUGUUAUAGGCAUUUUUCCAUUUAUAACACAUCUUCUAAUGCUUUAAAGUUUGUCGAGAACUGUUGUCGGAAUUUAAUGUAAUGCUUUAAGCAUUAUUUGCGGAAUAAGACUUUGAAAAGUGUAUAAUCUGACAAAAUAAAUAAGGUCUAAUGACUUUUUUGUUAUUUUCCCACAAAACAAUGUUUCUACAUCAGACUCCAAAUAAUUUACAUCUGUAUCAUUGAGUGAAAGAGAAAGAGUCCGUAACUUUAGUGUAUGAAAUCGAAUAAUGUAAAAAAUGCUCUGAGAGGGGAGGUCACUCUUUUUGUUUACAGUUUAUUUUCAUUAAGAAUCUUUUUAUUCUAUAUACUGUAUUAGCAUUUAUAUGUAUAUAUUGCAAUUUAUCAUAUAUUUGACAUAUCUUUAAAGUUCUGUAAAAUAUUUACAAUGAGAAAAUAUAUUAUUUACACAGUAAAA